UUUGAAGCCAUUUACCCGGUCUCUAAGUACACUCGUCUCUUAUUGCCAAGGAUUUGGCAUUGAGUCACAAGGCCCCUUUACAGUUUGAUUUCAGAUGGAGCCUGAGGUGAUAGAAGCAGAGAUGGUAUUGCCAACUUACCUCAGUUUCAAGAAGGUUCAGAUGCACGAGAAAUACCCGAAAGGUCAAGCAAGAGGCAGGCACUGGAAACAUUUGAAACAGAUCAUUCAAGCUGAAAAUUACCAGAAUUAUCCUCCCGAUGAACCUAAUUAUGUUAAUAUCGAGUCACCACCCUCGAUGAAUCCAUGCAAGAAAAUCUGUGAUAUCACUGGAUUCGAGGCACCUUACUCUGAUCCAAGGACCACUCUGCGUUAUGCUAAUACGGAAGUGUUCAAGCAUAUAAGACUAAUUCCCAAUGAGAGUGUUCAGAGGUACCUGGCUCUUAGAAAUGCUCAAGUUGUACUGAAGUAACUUGUUGCAGAAAUCUGAAGGCGAUUGUUCAGUACAUCCUUAUGCUGCUGCAUUCUGUCCCUUUUUAUCACAUCGUGGAAGGGAUAGAGAGGAUUAUUUGUUAGAAGUGUAAAGUGGCCUCAGUGGUCGAGUUACAAGUUUGUCAGACUAUAUGCUAAGUCUUAUAGACGUGAAUGCUCAACUUAGAUUCUAUUUGUUGGAUAGAUGAAAUUAAUGUUACUGAAGAAUAUUGUUGAUAAACCCCUUUUAAAAUUUAAGCAGGAAGAGAUGCUGCACAGCUUUGGUUGCUUUA